AUGACGGAAAAGCCUUUGGGCUUCGGCUACCAGAUCGGUGCCGGAGCCAUCGCCGGUGUCUCAGAGAUCCUCAUAAUGUACCCGUUGGAUGUGGUCAAGACAAGAGUAACGCCCGUCCCCGGCCAAGACUACUACACCGGCAUGUUCGACUGCCUGCGUAAGAUUGUCAAGAACGAAGGUCCCUCUCGGCUAUAUCGUGGCAUUGGCGCGCCCAUCAUGAUGGAGGCUCCCAAGCGAGCAACGAAGUUCGCCGCGAACGACUCCUGGGGUAUUUUCUACCGCAACCUCUUCGGUGUUGAAAAGGCCACCCAGCCGCUCGCUAUCCUGACCGGCGCAACCGCUGGCGCUACGGAGGCAUUUGUCGUGGUCCCUUUCGAACUGGUCAAGAUCAGAUUACAAGAUCGUGCAUCUGCUGGGAAGUAUAACGGAAUAGUGGACUGCGUUGUCAAGACCGUGAAAGCUGAGGGACCCUUGGCCCUCUACAACGGAUUGGAAUCAACUCUUUGGCGACACAUCCUCUGGAACGCCGGGUAUUUCGGCUGCAUCUUCCAAGUCAAAUCGCUCAUGCCCAAAGUCGACAAGGCCGAACGCGGAAAGGCGAUGCUGAAUGACUUCAUUUCUGGCACGAUCGGUGGCACUGUCGGUACGAUCCUUAACACUCCCAUGGACGUGGUCAAGUCGCGUAUCCAGAACUCGCCCAAGGUCCACGGACAGGUGCCCAAGUAUAACUGGGCCUGGCCUGGUCUGGGAACGAUCAUGAAGGAGGAAGGUGGUGCGGCGCUUUACAAGGGUUUCUUGCCCAAGGUUCUGAGACUGGGACCUGGUGGCGGAGUCUUGCUUGUUGUGUACACCGGUGUGAUGGACUGGUUCCGAAAGAUGGGCGCUUAA